AUGGAGGCUCUCUCGAAAAAUAUCACAAUCGAAGCAAAGCCCUAUCCGUACACCUUUCCGCUCUCUUCGACUGCUCUUCUCUUGAUAGAUCUUCAACGUGACUUUAUUCUCCCCUCGGGUUUUGGCGACAUACAAUCUGGGACGAAUCUCACGGCGGUAACGGCUGUAGUUCCCAAUUGUGUUCGAAUUCUUCAAGCAUUUCGUGAAUUGGAACUUCCUAUCUUCCACACUCGCGAAGGUCACCUCCCAGAUCUCUCCGAUUGCCCAUCGUCAAAGCUGGGUCGUCAGGCGUCAGCACCUGGAACCAGCCAUUCAAAGGUAAUAGGGGACCCCGGGGAAUUGGGCAGAUUACUGGUGCGGGGGGAGCACGGACAUGAUAUAGUGGAUGAGUGCCGACCAAAGCUAGGGGAAGUAGUUGUGGAUAAACCAGGAAAGGGGGCAUUUUGGAAUACAAAUUUGUUGGAAGAGUUAGUCGGAUGGGGAAUCACACACUUGAUUGUCGGGGGUGUUACAACUGAGUGUUGCGUGACAACCACAGUGCGGGAAGCCAACGAUCGCGGAUUUGAGUGCUGCAUAAUUGAGGAAUGCACCGCCGGAUAUAACGACAACUUCAAAGCCCCAUCUUUAAACAUGAUCCAUUGGUCGCAGGGGCUCUUCGGCUUUGUCUCUUCCCUUCCAAACUUCUUGAAAGCAUUAACCCCAGCACUCCCCUCCCCGGGCGCUCCCGGUCCGGACCUGGGUCUCGAAAGCCCCCCAUCAACACCACCGGUAUGGGAUGGGUGUCUCACUCUGGAUUCUCUUCGGAAGUCCUACAAAUCUGGGCUAUCCCCCGUGACAGUUAUCACCAGUCUCUACGCUAGAAUUGAGGAGUACAGUCAAACAAAGUCAGUCUUUAUACGCCUCGUCGACCGACCUAUCUCGAUAUCCUACGCCGAAUCGCUUCAAAAACUCUUCCCAGAUCUAACCAACCUCCCACCGUUAUACGGCGUGCCUUUCACUUUGAAAGACUCUAUAAACGUUGCCGGGAUUCCGACAACCCUAGCGUGUCCUCCCCUCGCCCAUAUACCAUCGCGCUCCUCAAAGAUAUAUUCACGGUUGAUAUCCCUAGGUGCUGUUUACAUUGGCAAAACCAACUUGGACCAGUUUGCGACGGGCCUAACCGGCUGCCGUUCCCCAUACGGAACCCCUGCUUCCAUUUACAACCCAGACUACGUCUCUGGCGGAUCCUCAUCCGGAUCUGCGGUUUCAGUAGGGGCGGAAUUGUCAUCUUUUGCCAUAGCCACUGACACUGCCGGGUCUGGGCGCGUUCCAGCAGGCUUUAACGGCGUGGUUGGGUGGAAACCCACAAAAGGUACUGUUUCCUUCAGCGGGGUUAUGAAAGCCUGCGAGUCGCUAGACUGUCUAUCAUUUAUGGUCACGCCAGACGGAGGCGUAAAGGAUGUCCGAAAACUCUGGAACCUUGUGAGAGGAUAUGAUCCAGAUGACCCAUACUCAAAAACACCCGGAUCACUGCCACUACCGAUGGUAAACGCUCUAGGUGAGAAGAAGUGGAAGUUUGCUCUCCCAGAUAGGAAGGCCGUAGCAGAGUGUUCUCCAGAAUACCGGAAACUAUUUUAUCAAGCUAUCGGGAGCCUCCAGGAGAUCGGAGGGGAGGUUAAAGAAGGUGACUGGGGGCUUUUUGAGGAGGCUGGAAAGCUCUUGUACGAUGGCGCCUUAGUGAAUGAGCGGCUUGCAGCUUUACCAGACAACGGAUGGGUGGGAAGGGAGAAGGACGAGCUACACCCGGUGAUCCGGGAGAUCCUCCAGAAUGUCUUAGAAACGGGCGCUAGCGCCGCGGAAGCGCUCACAAGAAAGGUCAACGCUACACUUUUCAAUCCCUCCCACCCAUCAUACAUCGACGUCCUGAUAGUUCCAACUGCUCCAUUCCACCCCCGGAUCUCUGCGGUUUUGAAAGAUCCCAUCGCGAUAAACACCCGUUUAGGAACCUUCACGCACUUUGGCAAUGUUCUAGAUUUGUGCGCCAUCGCGGUUCCGGCAGGGCACUACAUGGAAGACGAAAAAAAGAUGCCGUUUUCCAUUACUUUCUUGGGAAGGGGUGGCUCUGAUGCAAGAGUUCUAGAAAUCGCGAGCCUGUUUGAGGGACUUGUUGGCGUUGGGGCAAAGGACUCGGCUUGA